CUGUCCGGGCCGCGGGCCGCGGGCGGGGGCGGUAGGGCGUUCCGGUGGGCGGGGCGGAAGGGCCUGCCCCGCUUGGGUGUCCGGGAGCCUGAGCCUCGAGGAGCGGUCUCUAAGCAACCGUCACGACCCACCCGCCGGGCUGCCACUCCGGCCCGUGGCCAGCAGCCUCGCUCCCUAAGGAACGUCAUGUCGGUAAAUUCCCGGCUCCACUCUCUUGGCUUCUUCCCGGGUUCCUGGAGCACCCACCCAACCGUGGAGCCUGGCCUCUAGCCUCCUGCCUCCUACCCUCUGCGGCGGCCUGGGGUGGGAGGCGGGGGCGGGGAGCCCUUCUGUUGCUCUAAACCAGUCUCCUCUCCCUGGAGCCCGAGGGAGCUCUGCAAAUCACGCUGGGCCAGGAGCCGGGGCCUUGGGCUGCUUUGUGCUGGGGAGGUGCAGAGCUGCACCUGCCCCGGCGGGGGGAGGUGGACGGGAAGAUAGGCUGGACAAGACUUCGACCCACCUCGGGCCUGAAGGGGAGUUGCCAGGUGGGGAGAGGUGGUUUGGCCUCGCGGUCCUAGCUCUUUCCUGAAGGUUCCUUGCCCAUAGAGGUCUUCAUCAAUCCCUGUGGCCAUCUCUCUGAUGUCAGGGACAUCACACACUGGCCGCAUCGUGGUCGUGGUCGUGGGGACCUCAGGGCCUGAGACUCAUUUCCCACGGAUGUUAGCCGAAAGCGGGCUUUGAACUCAAGCAGUUUGUCUGCUGAGCUUAGGCUCAUGAUCACCCCGCAGCCCUUCUUUUCCACUGAGGUCCAGGCCCAGUGAAUGACAGACGGAUCUGAGACAUAAGGUCCAACCAAGUUCUCAGGCAUACCUUGCUCGUAACCACAGAGAUGGACCUUUUGUCCCUGUUGUGGCUGUAACAUUGUAACAGCAUCUUAAUACUGGCGAUAACCCCUUUUAUGGGAGAUGCGGAGAGAGACUGGGGGAGGGGUUACUUGUUUUUUCACAAGCCUACACACGGACCGCAGCCUCUGACUCCUGGACUGACCAAGACGGGUUCCUGACUCUCCUGGAAAGGUCUGGGGAAGGACAGGCGGAGGGGGCAGAGCUGAGAAGGCCCAGAGAUGGGCCUUCAGGAGCCAGAGAUGGAAGUGGUGGUCCGGGAAGUGGCUGACCCAGUACAGGGCAGAACUCCUUGGGAGCAGUUCAAGGAGCUGUCAGGCAUGUGCAGUGCUGUCUCUGGUCAUGGAAGAUGACAGGUGAAGGGCCACUGGACUUGUUAGGAGAGAAGAUUGUUGGCACCCUUGGGCAGAGCUGGGGAGCAGAAGCCAAACAGGUCGGGUGGGGUAGCAGGAGGAGGCCGUGCCAGCAGCCGGUGUGGCCUUGAGCGGUCACCACUCUGAACCUCAUAGAUGGCUGUGGGGAGGAUGCAAGAAAGCAAUGGAAGCACAGGCCAGGCCCUCCGUCCCCUGCCGCAUGCAGGGACGGGAGCUCGGGGCGAUGACCUGGAGGAUGGGCAGGCUCCUGUGUAGGCUGCUCCUGUGCAGGUUCUCCCGGAGCCCCAGUCCGUGUGACGCCAGGGCCCUGCUGCUUUUAUUGACUCGGGGCUGAAGCAAACCUUCCUGCUUCCUUCCUUUAGGCCACAAGGGACCUGGAGUCCCCAGACCUAAUGCCCCUUUACUGUGGGGCACGAGAACAGUUUCUAGUGCCCCCCAUAAGCCUCUCAGGGCUGCUCCCAGGUUCAGCUCCUGCUUCAUCUGCAGCACAGGGACUGCCCGCCCCUCCACACCGACUGUGCGUGGAGACAGUGCGUGUUACAUGUUACCCCGCAAGUUCUCUACAUUUUAACAGGAGGGCAGGCCGUGGUAGCCCACUUCCUUCUGUUCAUUUUGUUUGUACUGUUUUAGAUUUUUAUCUUAUGUUUAGAGAGAGGGGAAGGGGGGAGAUAAGGAGGGAAACAUUGAUGGGCAAAAGGAACACCGAUGAUUUGCCUCUCACACCCCCAACUGGGGGCCUGGCCCGCAACCCAGCACGCGCCCUGACUGGGAAUCAAACUGGCGACCUUUUAGUUUUCAGUCCAACGCUCAACCCACUGAGCCACACCAGCCAGGGCAUGUUCCCUUUUUUUAAAUUAAGAAAAAUAACAAGACUUAAAAUGUAAGCUUACUUUUUAAAACUUUUAUUUAUUGACUUUAGAGAGAGGAAGGAGAGAGAGAGAAACAUCAAUUUGUUGCUCUGCUUACUCCUGCAUUCAUUAAUUGGUUCUUGCAUGUGCCCUGACUGGGGAUCAAACCCACAAUGUUGUAUUGAGACGAUGCUCCAAUCAGCUGAGCUCCUGGCCAGGGUGAUACACACUCACCUGAGUACUAAUUUCAGCCGAUCCAAGCAGAGUGUCCUGUGUCGGUGACAGAGCCCACCUGGGAAGGGAACCCCUUCACAAUGGGAACAUGGGCGCUGGAGGCAGGCAGGCCUGGGUGCGGACCUUAAUUCAGCCUCUUGCUGGUUCAAUGACCUUGGGCAGUUUACUGUCUCAGUCCCAGAGUCAUUAUCCGUGAAGUAAAAGUGACACCUGCCUCAUCUGGUUUGGAGGGUGCUGGAGUCCUGCGGGACUGCUGUAAAGCGCUGCGCCUGGUUCAAGACCUGGGGCUGGUGCUUAGUGCCGCCCCACCCAGUUCCGAACCUGGGGGGCUGGUGGAGAGCUGAGUGCCCCUUCCUGCUGGUCCCAGGCUACGUUGGAGCGACCGUGGAUCCUCGGGUUGAGUGCGCGUUAGCCGCCCUGCACACUCCCAGGAGCACGGGCAGAUGCGGCCACUCCUCAGGGAUCUGCUCCCCAACGCUGCCCUGCCGCCGCUGAUGUGGGCCUCGUACUGCACCCUGCGGAGGAGGCGGAGCAGCGGCGCGCCCAGGUGCCUCCCGCAUACCUUGCCCUCUUCCAGACACGCGUCCAGUCGCCAAGGACUCACUGAGUGCCUGUGACAGUGAUGCCACCGAUAGCGCCCUGACCCUAAAGGAGGCCGGGGGGAGGGGGCUGGUGCCGCGGAUGCUGGGCCUCUGGGGCCCGUCUGUGUCGGAGGGUUGUGCGCGUGCGUGAGCCGGUGAUGGUUUCCGUGGCAGCCGAUGCACAACUAACGUCACUCGCCCGUUUCCCUGCUGAGGCCUUGCAUCGUCUCUCACUUACUGUUCAAAACACCCCAUGAUAUGUAGUUUUUUAACCCCUAAAAAGUAAGGCAAAAUAGGAUGUAAGACUGAGUAAUUCUGAUUUCAUAAAAUACGGUGCAGAAAAGCAGGGUGAAAAUGUCAACUGGUCAUUUUAAAAUUUUUCUCAACCAGCAUAAUUUAUCUUUAUAUCUUGGAAGAUAACUAGUUAAAAGUAAUUCUUACUAACAGGAGAAAGACUUUUUUCAGCCAGGUUAGUGGGCUUUCAUCCCAGAAGGACAUCCCCAGUGAGUGCGGUGAGGCUGGGGGCGGGGCAGGCAGCCUGCGUGUGCGUGUGCGGGGCUGUGCGCGUGCCUGCAGGCAGCGGCGCCUCCCACGGCCAGGUAGUCUGCCGCCUUUUCCAGCCUGGGUUCGCACUGCCCUAAUAGAUCCCAAAACUGCUUCCGACAAGAAACUGUCUUCUCCUGUUCCUUCUUUCCGAGGGCUGCUAUGCCGCCUCCACGCGUCCCCCUGGCCGGGAGACAGGCCAUGUGCAUACAUGCCUUCUGUCCCUGUCCUCCUGCUGGAGCUCUGUCACAGUCAAACUGGCCUCAAGGAACGCUAGGACAGUUUGCCAUUGGCUGAGCAGCCCUGUGGCCCCUAAAGUUCAGGCAGGAUUGCUGUCACUUGGGAAGCAGGGACGCUGGGCAGUCUGCAGCCUCUGCCACUCCUGACUCCACGGCCAUGGGCGCCUUUUGUGCCAGCCAGGCUCGGCUCAGACUGCCCGGCUUCUCCAGGCUGUCUCCACCACCCAGCCAAGGGCUGCCACACAGAUGUACCCACCUGGCAAGGGGGAGAGUGGUCAGCUGCUGGUCCUCAGCUUGCAGCCGUGUAGGACCUGUGACCCAGCAGUCCCGCCGCCAGUGGCACCCUCCUCCAGGAGACAGGGAGGACUCUUUACAGCAGCUUCCUUCACAGCCCCUUGCUGUGGUCGCCCAGCUUGGAGCCAGGGAAGGCGGAUGGGGGCUGUGGUGGGUCCCUGGAAGUGGGGAGGGACUUCUGGAGGCCCACUGAGUGUGGGCAGAUACUGCUGGGCCGAAAAUUGGGAGUCAUAUGGGCAGUGGUGAUGGUUCCACAACCACAGCAACAUUCUAGAAAAUGCUGAAUUGUGCACUUCAAAGUGGUGUGUUUUAUGGUGUGUGAGAUGUGCAUCAAUUAAAAAAUGGGCCCUGGCUGGCAGGCCCCAGUGGAUUGAGCUCUGGCCCGAGAAGCAGAAGGUUGCCAGUUCAAGUCCCAGUCAGGGAGCACACCUGUGGGGCACACAAGAGGCCACCACACACGGAUGUUUCUCUCCCUCUCUUCCUCCCUUCCCCUCUGUCUAAAAAUAAAUAAAUAAAGUCUUUAUAAUAUAUAUAUAUUUUUUAAAUGCACAGCGUGCAGAGAAGCAGGCAAAAGACAACACACCAUGCGACUUGACGUAAACACACUUUAGAACUGGCAGACCCCACUUACAGCAGUUGAAGAGCUGCCUGCGGAGGCAGCCUUUCCCGGCCACGCGUGCUCUGAGCUGACUGGGCUGUGGCCACCCGGAAGGACGGUGUGCUCCGCUGGGAGGGCUCUCGGAAGACGGGCUGGAUGGUGGGUCCUGAAGGCAUGGCCAUCCCAAGGCGUCACUGGGCGAGGGGUUGCUCCGAGGUUCCCAGCCCGGGAUAUGCACAUGUCCCAGCUGCUGUGCGUGACUUUGUGGCUGCAAUUAAGGUGCCAAGUCAGCUGCCAUAGGAGCCCUGGGGCAGCAGGGUUUUGUGCAGCUGGUCACAGAACACACAGCAGAGGAAGAUCAGUGAGUUCCUGCCUGGAAGAUGUACGUAGCCCUGAGGAGCCAACCGCCAGCAAGGAAGUUGACACGGUCCUACACCUGUGAGGGACUGAGUUCCGCCAACAAUCUGAGUGUGGAAAUGGGACUUCCCAGAGCGUCCAGAUGCCUGGGGGACAUGUGGGGCUCAGUCCCCAUCGUGCUGGGCUGGACUUGUGACCUGCAGUGCUGAGGUGACAGGAGAGGCAGAGCACUGGAGAAGCUGCUGCAAGCUCUCAGCAGCGAAGCCGACACAGGAAGCAAGCGGAAUCGCACCCGCGCCAGGUUUCCCCACGCAUCUGUGACAGAGGAAGAGAAGGGCAGGGGAGUGCGGGUGGACACACACGAGGAUAGUCUGGAUCGUCGGCCCAAGUUCCGACGUAGGAACUGGGGACAAGAUGACCCGGGAGCCUGAAUUUCUGAGGGUGGAAAUCCACACAGGACAAUGUCAGAAACAGUAAUGGAGUCCCCCACUCCCGAGUCUGAGUCUGGGGGGCUCUCUGAACCUGGAAUAGGGGGGCUGUUGGGAACCGUGGAAGGGCAGAGCCUUCGGAGCUGCCCGUCCCGGGAGAGAGGUCUCCCACAGGCAGUCACGCACUGGGAGGUCCAAACUGGAGGGGCGGCCCAGGUGGGAAGCGACUCCGGCGGGGGCCUGGUUCCAAGCUCCAGCCUUCUCGUACUUCAGAGAGGGCUGACAGAAGAGGGAGCCCACCCGUGUGAGACUUGUGGCAAAAGCUUCCCAUCUACUUCGGAGCUAGUUAGACAUCAGAUUUCUCACUCUGGGGAGAAACUGUACAAAGGGGACCAGUGUGGGAAAAGCUUCAGCCAGAGCUCCCACCCUGCUGAGCACCAGGGCGUUCCCACCGGAGAAAGACUCUAUGUGUGUAGCGCCUGUGGGAAAGACUUCACUCGCUACGUGGACCUCACUGAGCACCAGAGCGCACACGCGGGGGAAAAGCCGUUCGGGUGUGCUCAGUGUGGGAAAGCCUUCUGCCACAGCUCGGAUCUCGCCCGGCACCAGCGUGCUCACACGCGGGAGCGGCCCUUCGAAUGCAAAGAAUGUGGGAAGGGCUUCAGCCAGAGUUCGUUGCUCAUCCGACACCAGAGAAUUCACACGGGAGAGAGGCCCUACGAGUGUAACGAGUGUGGGAAAGCCUUCAUCCGGAGCUCCAGCCUCAUCCGGCAUUACCAGACCCACACGGAAGUGAAACAGUACGAGUGUGAGGAGUGCGGGAAGGCCUUCCGCCACCGCUCAGACCUCGUAGAGCACCAGCGGAUCCACACGGGGGAGCGGCCCUUUGAGUGCAGUGAGUGUGGGAAGGCCUUCAUCCGGAGCUCCAAGCUCAUCCAGCACCAGAGGAUCCACACGGGGGAGAGGCCUUACGUCUGCAAUGAGUGUGGGAAGCGCUUCAGCCAGACGUCAAACUUUACUCAGCACCAGAGAAUCCACACUGGAGAGAAACUCUAUGAAUGCAACGAGUGUGGGAAAGCCUUCUUUCUGAGUUCAUACCUUAUCCGACACCAGAAAAUCCACACUGGAGAGAGGGUGUAUGAAUGUAAGGAGUGUGGGAAGGCCUUUCUGCAGAAAGCUCACCUCACUGAGCACCAGAAAAUCCACACGGGGGACAGGCCCUUCGAGUGCAAGGACUGCGGGAAGGCCUUCAUCCAGAGCUCCAAGCUGCUCCUCCAUCAGAUCAUCCACACUGGAGAGAAGCCCUAUGUGUGCAGUUACUGUGGGAAGGGCUUUAUCCAGAGGUCCAACUUCCUUCAGCACCAGAAAAUUCACACUGAAGAGAAACUCUAUGAAUGUAGUGAGUACGGGAAAGACUUCAGUUCUCCUCCCAACUCCAACAGUAAUCAAGGUGUUCACCAAGAAGGGCUUCCCUUGAGUAAGGCCCCCACACAUCUGAGUGAGAAGUCUGGAGGUCGGGUGGAGUGUACAGGCGACUCAUAAAGCAGUUACUCUCCAACAGUGAGUGAUGUUUGGACGGGCGUGGCGUGAGUCCUCAUUCAGUGUCUUUGGACAUGUCAGCUUUUCCUAAAGUCACGGGUGGGGCUGCUUUAUGCAUGGGCUUCUACCCACCAGGUGCGGCAGUGCUGGACUGCUGUCCUCGGCUCGGAAUGCCUGCCUUCAGGAGAGCCACCUGCCUGGACUGCUCACUCGGAGCUGGAGUGGUCUGGGGCCAGGAGCUAGGUCUGGAAAGGGGUUCUGUGUUUGCGCAAUUACAGUUCAUCCCUAAGUUAAAUCCCUUUAAAGGAGAGCUGUUUUGUCUAAUUGUGUUCCUUUAAAGAGUAUGAUGUAGCAAAUUUUGAUCUAUCAGAAAGGCAAAUUGGAGAACUCUUUCUCAUUUAAAACCAGUUUGGUUCCCCCUGGUCCUUAGAACACAUUCUAGGCCCCCUCUGCUGCACCCACCCUAAGGCCUUUUGCAUCCGGAGCCUCGUCUCUCACCACUGAGUCCCCGACACGGAGCUGGCGUUCCCCUGCUCCUGGCUGCCCCUGCCUCCUGGCCCCCGUCCCGUUUGACUGCUUGUCUCCCCCGGUUUCUGCCACUUCAUGAGUCAGGACCUGUCCUCCUUGUGCUGCCGCUGGGUUCCCACCUCUGUUACUGCACUUACUUUGGUAUGUUUUCUCUCUCUGUCAUUAUUACACUUCUGAUUGGAGGACAACUGUCAUAUCUGAUCGAUUUGUCCUUGGUGUCUAGCACAGGACAAUAAAAAGCAAACCCCAAAUCUGUGCAAGUGGUGCCUCUCAUGUUUUUUUGUCCUUUCCAUCCUGCUAUUUCCAAAACUUAGAUUUGGUUGUUGUCAUCCUGUGAUCUACUGGUCUUCUGGACACAGCUUUGUUCUCAGCGUGGCUGAUGUCCUUGCUUUCCCUGAAGCCAGAAGCCUUGGGUGAGGGCCAGCGAGAGCCCAGUGCCCUCAGUUUUGCUGCAGGUAGAGCUCAGCCAUGGCCACUUGCCUUUGGGAGCACAGACUUCAGCUAGCACUCGGCGCGUCUUUCUGGCUCACUCCAGUGCACCAUGUAACUUCCGUCUUAGCAGUUCCAGGAUUGAACUCAGCUUCUGCUGUCACUUUCCUUGCUUGUGGGCUCAUUUUGUCAUUUCCUUGGAAAUGUAUUGGCCUGUAAGAACUAGUGCAAAGUGCUGGCAAAACUGACAAGGAAGACGCCCCCGAACCUGAGGUCAUUCCAAGUCUGGCGGGGACACUGAUCCCCACCUGGAUGUUCCCCCACGUUCCCAGCUGUGCAGGAGCUCAGGCAAGGAGGGACUGGUGUGGCAGGGAGGAUCUGGGACAGCUUCACAGAAGAAGUAGCGUUUGAACUGGUCUGUGGUGUUAAGUAGACAUUUGUCAGCUAGACAAGGAACAACAGAGGAAACAAGCAGGAAAAGUCUGUUGCAACUUCCACCUUUGGUUGGGCUGUUCAAAAGCAGACGAGUUUUAUUACACAACAGGUAACUGCCUAGUAAAACCAUUUCCUUUUCUGAACAUUAACCAAAAUAACCCCUUUUGAAAUUGCAUAAAACAACUUUUUUCCCUCCGUGAAAGCAUAUUUUGAGUUCCUACAAAUCCCAGCAGCCCCAGAAGGCUUUGGGCAGUAAAUCGUUCACAGAGGGCCUGCAGCCCUCUGUCUGGAAGACGCACGGUUUGAUCUGUGGACGCGGGUAUCACCAGACCAGGCCAUCCGAGUUGCUGAGGUCCAGCUUCCGCACAGUAGAACACAAACCCCUGCUCUACGUGCACAGUUUUAACGUCUGCCAGAAGUUCCCUUUUGCCCUUUCUCAGCUAAUCCCACUCCAGGCCCAAGUGACCACUGUCGGUGUAGAUGAGUUCUACUUGUUCUAGGACAUCAUAUAAAUGGAUGCAUGUAAUAUGUAGUCUUGUGUGUCUGACUCCCUCCGUUUGGGCAUGUUUUACAGACCCAGUGUACUUACACGUUGCAGUAGCUCUUUCUCCUUCCUGUGUCACAUUUGAUUGUGUGGAUAAACCACAACUUACUAUUCAUCUGUUGACAGAAAUUUGUGUUUCUAGUUUGGACUCUUAUGAAUAAAACUGCUAUGAGCAUCUGUGUAAAAGGA